UGCGUUCCAUGAAUUGCGCGGCCCUUCUGGCUUUGAGACUUUCAACUUCUUCUGGUCCCCCUCGUCCACUUUUGAAAUUUGACGCCAAUUCAAGUCCGACUAUGAAUUUCAUAAAUAAAGCUGACCCACAGCCAAUAUGACGUCGCCUCAUUGCUUUGACUCUUUCCUCUACAAAACCCCCUCACAAUCCCCAUCUUGUUUGCUGGUUCUCUUCCUCUCUCAAGUCUGAGGCUCUUAGAAUUCUUCUGUGUCUACUACUACACAAAAAAUGGCAAGAAACGAACUGUUCGUAACCGUACCGAGCUUGUUCCGAUGCCCGAUUUCGUUGGACGUCAUGAAGUCUCCGGUGAGCCUCUGCACCGGAGUUACAUACGACCGUUCCAGUAUUCAGCACUGGCUUGAAUCAGGACAUGAUACAUGUCCGGCCACGAUGCAAAUCCUUUCCACCAAAGACAUCACUCCCAACCUUACGCUCCACCGCCUGAUCAACCUCUGGUCCCGUCAAUUGACGCUGUCGGAGCAGGAGAUUAAGGAUUUGAUUGAGAAGAUUGGAAGUGAAUGCGAGAGUGAGAAGAGUUGCGUGGGUUGUUUGGCGAAGAUUUUCGAGUUUGUUCGUGGUAGUGAAGAGAAUCGGAGGUUUUUGAGUAGUUACGGUGGUUUCUUGGAAGCCAUUGUCAGUGUUUUGAAUCGAAAACAAGGGGAAAUCGUAGCUUUGGAGUCAGUUUUCAAGGUUUUGAGUUUGAUUUUAAACGAAAAUGGAGUCAAAGAGAAAAUAAAUCAUUUGAUUUUCCUUGGUAAUAGUAAUUGUCUAGCUUCUAUUCUUGAAGUUCUAGAGAAAGGAAGCUUAGAUUCAAGAAUCGAAUCAAUCAAAAUCCUGAAUGCAAUUCUACUGGACAACGAAUCAAAACGCAGAGUUGUAGAAACAGAGAGCAUCUUCUCAGCACUCUUCGAUCAACUUAGAACGUCAAACGGUGAUAACUUAAAUGACGCUGUCUUGUCAAUCUUAAUCACGCUAUCAGGAACUCGGUCGGUCAAAACUCAACUCGUCCAAUUUGGACUCGUUCAAAUCCUGUCGAAGAUACUCUCCGAUACGAGUUCACGGAUUCCGACGAUCGAAAAGGCGAUCAAGUUGCUGUCAAUAACCAUCAAGUGCAGCGAGGGGCGGUUGGCGGUUAGCGAAGACUCGAGAUGUGCGGCAGGGAUCGUUGAGAAAAUAAUCAAGGUGGGCAAAACGGCAAGAGAGGAGGCCGUUGCGGUGCUGUGGAGCAUGUGUUAUGUGUACAAAGACGGGAGAGUAACGGAGGCGGUGGUUAAGAGUAACGGCGUGACGAAAGUGCUACUAGUCAUGCAAAGCGAAAUCGAAGGGAUGGUUAGAAAAAUGUGUGGGGAUUUGGUUAAAGUUUUGGGGAAGAAGAAUUGUAGCAGUGGAUUGGAAAGCUAUGAUACGAAGACAACCCACAUCACGCCUUACUGAUUUUGUAAGAUCAAUAUUCUCAUAUUAUGCCUCUUAUUGAUUUUGAACAAACUGUACAUGAAGAUCAUGAAAAUGAUUUUGAUUUUGUAAAAGCUUUUUGCAUUGACACAUACAUACACAUGAUUAGAAUUUAGAAUUAGAAAACAGGAUUUCUUUUGUCAAAGUUUUGAAAUGUAAUGGUUCCUUCCAUUGCUCAAUUUGACAAAGUAUUUGUUGGUCUAUUUAUGAUGCUGUUUUUGAAUCUGGAAUUUGAAUGAUUUUGGUUUA